AAUUAAAAAUGGUAGCUUUGUAGUUUUGAAGAGCAUUGCAUACAACAUUUGAAGUUGCAGCAGACCACUAACGGCAGUUUGAGCCCGCUGAAUCCUAAUAUCAGCUUUGUAAUGAAGACUUUGUGCAAAUAGCCUUUUUUUGUGGUUCAAUAUCAACACUUUUUCUUUCAAGAGCCCAUAACUGUGAUGCAGCAAUGCUGUCACUAAUGCUUCAUGGUUUUAUUUUUUUCAGAAUCCCAGAGAAUGGGCUCGAGUUUGUUAACUCUAUUCUUGGUGCAUCUGGAGGGGGAAUGUCCUGCAAUUCAGCCAGCGAUCGCUUCACCAUCGAGACGUGCAAAGAGACAGAGAUGCUGAACUACCUCAUUGAGCGUUUUGACAGUGUUGGCAUGGAGGAGAGGAAAGCUCCCAAAAUGUGUAGCCAACCAAAUGUCAGCCAGCUUCUGAGCAACAUUCGCUCUCAGUGUAUUUCUCAUAUUGCCCUGGUCCUGCAAGGCACCCUGACGCAGCCCCGGAGCCCUCUCCAUCAGUCUUUGCUGGUACCUUAUCUGCUGUGUCGGAACCUACCGUAUGGCUUCAUUCAGGAGCUGGUGCGCAUCACCCACCAGGAGGAAGGGGUGUUCGCUUUGAUCUUCACUCCCAUCCUUCAUGGGCUGGCUCUCGCAGUGAAAGAAUGUUCCUUCGACAGUGACAACUUUAAAUUCCCCCUUAUGGCAUUAGCUGAGCUUUGUGAAAUAAAGUUUGGAAAGACUCACCCAGUGUGCAAUUUGGUAACGUCGCUGCCUUUGUGGUGUCCCCAACCCCUGAGCCCUGGUUGUGGCAGAGAGAUCCAGAGACUUUCCUACGUGGGAGCUUUCUUCAGCCUUUCUGUGUUCGCGGAGGAUGAUACAAAAGUGGGAGACAAGUAUUUCUCUGGCCCAGCCAUCACCACGGAGAACACGCGAGUCGUCAGCCAAUCACUGCAGCACUACCUGGAGUCCGCUAGGGGCGACCUGUUCAAAGUUCUCCAUAACAUCCUACUAAACGGAGAGACGCGCGAGCCAGCUCUCAAUUACAUGGCAGCGCUGGUCAACUACAAUGUGAAGAAAGCUCAGAUGCAGACCGAUGACAAGCUGGUGUCGACAGACGGCUUCAUGCUCAACUUCUUAUGGGUGCUGCAACAGCUGAGCAUGAAGAUCAAGCUGGAGACAGUGGACCCUUACUACAUUUUCCACCCACGGUGCCGCCUUGUUGUCAGCCUUGAGGAGACGCGUCUGAAAGCCACCAUGGAGGAGCUCAAGGGCUGGCUGACCGAACUGCAUGAAGACCCCAACAAGUUCUCAGAACCCAAGUUCCCCACCGAAUGUUUCUUCUUGACGCUGCAUGCCCACCAUUUAUCCAUCCUGCCUGGCUGCAGGCGUUACAUCCGCAGGUUACGAGCCAUCCGCGAACUGAACAGGACUGUAGAGGAGCUGAAGAACAGUGAAAGCCAGUGGAAAGAUUCUCCCCUGGCUAGUCGUCACAGAGAGAUGCUCAAGCGAUGCAAAACCCAGCUCAAGAAACUGGUGCGAGCCAAAGCUUGCGCUGACGUCGGCCUUCUGGAUGAGAACCUGCUCCGCAGAUGUCUGCAAUUCUACAGCACAGUCAUCCAGCUCAUUCUACGCAUGGUGGACCCUGCCUACCCCAACAUUAACCUGCCACUGCACCCCGAGAUUCCCAAAAGCUUCGCCGCUCUGCCUGAGUUCUACAUUGAAGAUGUGGCAGAGUUUCUGCUUUUUGUCGUGCAGUAUUCUCCCCAGGUUUUAUAUGAGCCGUGUGUCCAGGACAUUGUCACCUUCUUGGUGGUGUUCAUCUGCAGCCAGAACUACAUCAGGAACCCUUACCUUAUCGCCAAGUUGGUGGAGGUGCUGUUUGUCACCAACCCUGCUGUACAGCCUCGUACGCAGCGAUUCUCUGAAAUGAUGGAGAACCAUCCGUUGUCUGUCAAACAACUGGUUCCCGCCCUCAUGAAGUUCUACACUGAUGUGGAACAUACAGGCGCCACCAGCGAGUUCUAUGAUAAGUUCACUAUACGGUACCAUAUCAGCACUAUCUUCAAGAGUCUGUGGCAAAACCUUGCCCACCAUGGGACCUUCAUGGAGGAGUUCAACUCUGGCAAGCAGUUUGUGCGCUACAUCAACAUGUUGAUUAAUGACACCACCUUCUUGUUAGAUGAGAGCCUUGAGUCUCUCAAGCGUAUCCACGAAGUUCAAGAAGAGAUGAAGAAUAAGGAGCAGUGGGAACAGCUGCCCAGGGAGCAGCAGCAGAGUCGCCAGUCGCAGCUGACUCAGGAUGAGCGGGUGUCCCGCUCCUAUCUGGCCCUGGCCACAGAGACGGUUGAAAUGUUCCACAUCCUCACCAAGCAGGUCCAGAAGCCUUUCCUCAGGCCUGAGCUGGGACCUCGUUUAGCUGCGAUGCUAAACUUCAACCUGCAGCAGCUCUGUGGGCCUAAGUGUCGGGACUUGAAGGUGGAGAACCCUGAGAAGUAUGGCUUUGAGCCCAAGAAGCUCUUAGACCAGCUGACCGACAUCUACCUGCAGCUGGACUGUGCCCGCUUCGCUAAAGCCAUUGCAGAUGACCAGCGGUCGUACAGUCGAGAGCUCUUUGAAGAGGUGAUCUCAAAGAUGAAGAAGGCUGGUAUUAAGUCUUCUAUUGCCAUUGAAAAAUUCAAACUACUAUCAGAAAAGGUGGAGGAAAUAGUUGCCAAGAACUCCCAAUCUGAAAUGGACUACAGCGACGCACCUGACGAGUUCAAAGACCCUCUGAUGGACACACUGAUGACUGACCCUGUGAUUCUGCCUUCGGGCAACAUAAUGGAUCGAUCCAUCAUCCUGCGCCACCUGCUUAACUCCCCCACUGAUCCCUUCAACAGACAGCCACUCACAGAGAGCAUGCUGGAGUCAGUGCCUGAGCUGAAGGAGAGGAUCCAUACCUGGAUGAGAGAAAAACAAGGCGGACGGCUUGUCUGAGGACCACGUCACCAACGUCUGGCCUGCUUACCAUCAUUAAGAGAAACGUCUAAAUCGCCUGAAUUCAGCGUCCCAACUAACAACUGCAACAAAAAGAAACAUUUGAAUGAGAAAAAAAAAGCAACUGAUUUGAAUUUAAUUUGCAUUUACCCUUUUUGUCUCAAACCAUUACGGUUCGAAAAACAAAAUAUAAUAAAGUUAAGACUUUUAAGUUUUUUUUUUUUCUCUUGAGUUUGUGUAUAUUUAUAACAAAAUAUAGACAUAUAUUUAACAAGUUAGUUAAUGCAAUAUAGUGCUGCAAGAAUAUGUUUCCACAACCAACAAGUUUACCAGCGAGGUGCAUAGAGCCACUUCAUCAAUUAUUUUCCUUUUAUAGUUCUCCCUUUAUUUGAAAAUACUGUAUGUUUGCUUAAUUAAACAUUUUGAGCUUAGGGUAAGGGGAGGGCAAAACAUUUUGGGAGACUGUGGUUGGGUUCUGAUAAAAUUGCUAUCACUGCAAUUUCAUUUCCAAGACUGACAAUGGUGAGCUUGAGUCCACAUAAUUUCCCAGAGCUAACAUGUGCACAGUUUGUGCUUUAGAAAAAGGUUGCAACAGGAAAUCUCCAGUAGCUAACGGUCACUAAUCCUAAAUGUCAGCUUACUUUUGAGUACAGUAGGAAGAAGCGCAGUGGAUUACCAAAAUACAGUAUGUUCAGAUGUUCCUUUCUAGUCUCAUUUUCCCAGCUGACAUCAAUAGAUGAAAUUUAAUUCUCUGCGUGUGCAUGGCCUCAAGUCCAGAACCUCCUAAGCGCCUGAUGGACAAAUAACCUUCUUCUAGGUAAAAUGGAAGGAACGUGAGAGAAUGUAGCAUGGCCCCCAGAAACACCAUCAUAGGAGCGCAAAAUGAAGUCUGCUCUUGAGAAACACUGACAUCUCACAGGAAGGCGGUCUCUAUCAUAUGGCACUGUACUUAACGUUACCUUGCUGACCUUAACUGUACAGCAAAUGAUUUCCUUAAACCACGUACUUGUUUUGGAAGCUAGGAUUUUGAACUGAAAUAAAUGAUGAUGCACAUUAA